AGGCUGAGCAUAAUUCAGAGAGUCGUUAUUCACUCUCACAAUGUAUUCUCUUUCUUCAAUUCCUCUCCCACUCUCCAUCGUUUCCUCAUCUUCAUCUUCAUCUUCAUCUUCAUCUAAAGGAACACAAGGUAAACCCAACUCAAAGUCACUGAAGCUUAGAGAGGACUGGAGACAACGCUCCAAACCCAUUCCCCCUGGUGGCACUUACCCAGCUAAAGACCAUUGCAGUCGUUGCGGGUUGUGUGACACCUAUUACAUUGCCCAUGUCAAGGAAGCCUGUGCUUUUUUGGGAGACGGGAUGUCCAAGAUUGAAGGUUUGGAACCUGUAGUUCAUGGUAGAGGGAGAAAGCCAGAUUCUUUAGAUGAAAUGCACUUGGGUGUCUAUGAGGAGUUGUUGUAUGCCCGUAAGGUCAAGCCUGUUGAAGGUGCUCAGUGGACAGGGAUAGUAACAACUAUUGCAAUAGAAAUGCUAAAAUCAGGCAUGGUGGAAGCUGUCAUUUGUGUACAGAGUGACCCAGAGGACAGAUUUUCUCCAAGGCCUGUACUAGCAAGGACACCGGAAGAAGUUCUAGCUGCUAAAGGUGUCAAGCCGACAUUAUCACCUAAUCUUAAUACCCUUGCCCUAGUUGAGGCUGCAGGUGUAAGGAAACUUCUAUUCUGUGGUGUCGGUUGCCAGGUGCAAGCAUUAAGGUCUGUGGAGCACCAUCUGAAUUUGGAGAAGCUGUAUGUGUUGGGCACAAAUUGCGUGGAUAAUGGGACUCGUGAAGGGCUUGAUAAGUUUCUAAAGGCUGCUAGUAGUGAACCAGAGACGGUUCUUCAUUAUGAGUUUAUGCAAGAUUACAAGGUUCACUUGAAGCAUUUGGAUGGUCAUAUUGAAGAGGUUCCUUAUUUCUCUCUGCCGGCAAAUGACUUAGUUGAUGUAAUUGCUCCUUCUUGUUAUAGCUGCUUUGACUACACAAAUGCUUUGGCGGAUUUAGUGGUUGGAUACAUGGGUGUGCCAAAAUAUUCUGGAAUCAGCAUGACACAACAUCCUCAGUAUGUUACGGUAAGAAAUGAACGUGGAAGAGAGAUGCUCAGUCUGGUUGAAAAACAUUUGGAGAUUACUCCUACGACUAGUAGUGGUGAUCGCCGACCAUUUGUAUUGGAGACAGUUAAGGCAGAUGAUACUGCUAAGAUGGGGAGGGGUCCUGAUCCUGCACCAAAGUUCAUUGGCAAUUUGAUUGCUUUCUUCCUAAACUUGGUUGGUCCCAAGGGGCUGGAAUUUGCUCGAUAUUCACUUGAUUACCAUACCAUCCGGAACUAUCUGCAUAUUAACCGAACAUGGGGAAAAGAAAGAGCUGAUCGACAUAUGCCUUCGUAUGCAAAGAAAAUUGUGGAUAGUUACAACAAGAAUGGUGAAAUUGAUAAGAUGCUUUCCGCCAAGUGAUUGAAUUUGCUGGUGCAAUGCAGAAUGGGAACUUCAGUGUACAUUAAAGUUUUUAUUUUAUCUGAUAUUUGUAUAUAACAAUCAUGUAGUGAUGAUAAUAUGCUUUAGCUUGAACAAUUCUUUCUUUCCACUAAGGUUGUUGUAUAGGAUUUUGGUCAUUGAUUUCCCCAGUGAAGAAAUCUAAUGUUGAGAUCAAUUUGAUCAUGCAAACCAGUCUUUACCUCCAGUCAUUGUUUUUACUUUUUAGUUUUCACACAUUUCUGCUCCAAGUUGGGAACUAUUAGAUAUGUAAUCUGUAGGUACAGUUUCUGUAAUGCCACAGUUUGCGGUUUGAGACUACAUUUUUUU